AUGGCGACUGAUCCAAUAGAGCAAGAUAAUAAUAUUAGAAAAAUGACAAACGGUGAUGAACAACAUGAAGAUAAACAACAACAGGAUCUAAAAUUAUCAUCAUCAUUAUAUGAACAAAAAGAUUCAUCUCAACAUCAUAAAUUGUCAAAAUUCCAACAAAAUAAUAGUGAAGAUGAUAAUGAUUUUCAAAUACAUGAGGGUGAUCAACGAUAUUUAACAGAUUUUCAACAACAAAAAGCAAAUUAUUUCUUCGAAGUUAAUUUAGACAUUGAAAACAAGAAACAUUUGACAUGGGAAGAUGUUGAAUUUUAUCUAUUAUUUCAUUUGACAAUUGCUAAUAAAGAAGGUUUUGGUGAUUUGGAACAAAAUUUGUCUCGUAAAACUCGAGAAUUAUGGGAAUUGAUUCAUGAUACUUAUCCAAAUUCAGAUCGACAAGUACUCACUUUAUCUCAAUUCUUAGACACUUGGGGAGCACUAUCAGAAUACAUUGUUAAACAUAAUCAAAUACCAAAAUUGUUUGAAGAAUGGUUUAAAUUAGGAUUUGAUCUCUACGAUAUAGACAAAAAUAAUGAAAUUCCAGCUGCAUCAUUUCAUAAAUUGUAUAAUAAAAUGAAUUUGGGUUUACCACAUGCAGUAUUUGCUCAUAAGUUUUUGACAGAGAAUGGUACGAAGCCAUUGGAUUUUGAACGUAUAUUAUGUACAAUAAAAGCGUUAAUAACAUCAUCCGAUGACGAACAUUAUAGUCACUUUUUACUACCCGGAUUUUUUAAAAAAGUCAAAUCAUCGAACGCUCAAAAUGAUAAAAAAUCAGACAACACUGAGAAUCAAAAUGGUGAACAAAAAUCAUCAAAAGAGUCGUCAAGUCAACCAGAUAGUGAGCGAAAAUCAAAUAGAAAAUAUCCUCAUCAAACUGGCCGAAGCCCAUUUCCAGGUCAACAAAAUUUUCCAUUUUUUAUUAAUCCCAUGUUUGGUGGACCAGCCGGUUUCAUGCCUCAAGGUUUUCCUCAACAACGACAACAUUAUAGCGGCAUGGCAACUCCACCACAGAAAGCACAAACAAGAAAAGAAAGUCAACAUGAGACUCAAAAAAAUCAACGUCAAGAUAUUCCUCAAUAUCCAACUCAGCAAAAUAAUGGAAAUGGAUUUUCUGGUGUUGAUAAUAUUCAAAAUCGUACUCCCACCAAUCGCGAUCCUAUUGCAGAUGACGAUGAAUAUAUCCGAAAUGUUUUACGUGAACUGCACAUCGACAUCAGUGAAGUUGAAAUUAUCGAUGGAAACAAUCAACGACGAAUUUUGUUGGAUAAAAAUUUUGCAAACAAUCAAGAAGGAUUAUACCAACAACCAUCAAAUGUUUAUCCAAAUCAACAACAAGUACCACCAAUACCACAGCAAAAACAAAAUUAUCCUUCACCUAACAGAUAUCAGCAGCAGAACCAAUCAUCCACAGGACCAAAUUUACAAUUAAUUAAUCUUUUCAAAAGAAACUUACCAGGAUAUUUCGAUCUUUUUUCCUCAGGAAAUGACCAACUAAAACAGGAUGGUGUUAACCAUGUCCAUCAACAUCGCGAUCAAAAACAUUCGUCAAAAACUCGACGAAAAUCAAAAGACUCGUCGAAAAGCCAACAGCAAGGUCCACCAAAACCACGCAUGUUUCCCGCUCAACAAGAACCAUCACCAAUUAAUGGUAAUGUCCAGCAGCCCUUUUCUUACUUAGCGCAUGGCCAACCGCGACCAUAUCAAGGUCACCCUCAACAACGCUUUCCCUCAGAGCAGCAACGGUCAUCAGGAAUUCGUCAAGUUUAUCCUUCUUUUCAACAACAACAAAGACCACCGGGACUAGAGGACGUUUUGCAAAAUCAAUACCAGACAAAUAUCCGUCAACAAUUUCCCUAUCAACAUCAAGAACAAAACCGAUAUCCAAGAGGCCAGAAAACAGAAAUGUUCCCAAAACGUGCAGCAACUAACGAUACAUCUUCAAAUCAGACUGAUCGUAUCCCCAAUAACAGUAGUCAAUGGCAACAAUCUUCUACGACCUCUACGAAAGAUCAACAUCAACCAACUGUUAAAAAUAUACAACAGCAAGAAAAUGAUAAAUCAAGUCCAACAGCUUCAAUUAAUCUGUCCACUGAGGAUGCGACCAAUACUCAACAGCCAGCAGGCUCUACAUUAUCGAAAAAAGAUGAUGAUAACAAAAAAUCAAACAAAUUGCCUACAGGCGAAGACGAGGAUGAAUGGGUCAAUAAAGUUCUUCGACGAGUAACACCCAUCAUCGAAAAAAUAGUUCGUGAGGAAGUGAGAAAAACGAUUGUGAGGGGAAACAAUGAAGGUGCAUCAACAGAUAGUGAUGAUGAAGAGAUAAUGAUUGGUGGCGGAGGACCGUUCUUUGAUGCAAAUCCGUUUCAAUUUUUGUUUGGUGGAGGAGGACCAUUCAUGGGUCCAAGAGGUGGAGGCAGAGGAAUGUUUUCAUCACACGGAGCUCCUAGAGAAUAUCGCUCAUCUCAGGAUGAGGAUCGAAACUCACCAACAUGGCAAAAACAACAACAAUCGAGACGGGAACAUAAUGGCUCGAAAGGGUUUCCACCUGGAAAUCCUUAUCCAAAUGGUGAAGAAUCUCAAAAUGGAUCACAACAUGAGGGAGAGCCGACACUAAACAGUAACGGCCGUGAUGAUAUGAGUGAAUCAAUGUUCUAUUCAGGAGGGCCAUUUGGAAUGAGAAAUUCGCCAUUCAUGCCACCUGUAUUCAUGUCAAUGAUGGGUGCACCGAUGUUUGGUGGGCCGGGAAUGGGAGGGAUUCCACCAGGAAUUAGACCUCACGGACAAGGAAUGGGAGCUGGACCAAGUGGAGAGGGUUACAUUUUGAUUAUGGGUGAUGACGAUAACAAUGCUAAACCAGGUCGACAUCAAAGACCACCACCGUCAGCUCAAUAA